AUGCCACCACAAAUCAAGCAAGACCUGAAUCGCUCAGGCUGGGAGUCGACAGAUUUUCCCUCCGUUUGCGAAAACUGCCUGCCCGAGAACCCCUACGUCAAGAUGCUCAAGGAAGACUAUGGAGCCGAGUGCAAACUGUGCACGAGGCCUUUUACCGUCUUUAGCUGGAGCGCCGAUCGAGCUCACGAUUUAUCUUUCGGUCUACCCAUCGUCGUUCGUGACGCCGCCUUGAAGAUGGUGGCUCCAGGGCCGUCCUCCGACAUUAACCGCGAAUAUUUUGCGCAAAACAACGAGCGAGCCAUCGAGGAGGGCCGCGCUGGGGUCGAGGAAUACGAAAAGACCGACGACAAGGCCAGAGAGCUUCUAAGGAGACUAGCAGCCAGCAAGCCAUACUUCCGAAAGGGUCGGCCAGUCGAGGGUCUCGACGAUGCGUCUCAGCCGGCAUCCGCGUCAAGCCCAGGCGGGCUGGGAGGUAACCCCGCCGUGGGCGCUGGGGUUGGAGGACCUGGACCUAUUCGAACAAGAGAUUCGAGAGCCGCUGCGGCGGUUGGCGCCCGCCCUGGCAGAGUGAAACAAGCGUUCCCCAGCGCUGCACAGCUUCCCCCAGGGCCGCAAGACUACAUGCCUCCCGCCGACACGAACAUCAUGUCCCUCUUUGUGACGGGCGUCGAAGAUGAUCUUCCUGAGCACAAAAUUCGCGACUUUUUCAAGGUCCACGGCAAGAUCAAGAGCUUGGUCUGCUCCCAUAUGUCGCAUUGCGCCUUCGUCAACUACGAGACCAGAGAAGCUGCAGAGAAGGCCGCAGCGGCGUGUCAGGGUCGGGCCAUCAUCGCAGGCUGCCCCUUGCGCGUUCGCUGGGGUAUGCCCAAGGCCCUUGGUACGAUGGAUAAAGAGCAACGUUCCCAGAUGCUCAUUGAUGCUCGGCGCGGACAAGCUGCUCGUUCGGCGGACGGAAAGGCCGGACGGAAACAAGUCGCUGGUCCUGGGGUUGGAGACGCUGCGAAACCAGCAGCACCCACUGUGGUCGCACCACCUCCGGGUGCAGGGGAUGGGCCGCAGUAUGCCAGUCUUCAGGGUGAUUAG